GUAGAGACAGUGACGUGCGUGUGUGUACACCUCGAACACUCUGCGUUGUCUGGGUCACUGUGCUAGCCUCUCUCUGCUCCUGCUUUCUCUCACGGCCACAGGGGCUGAAGCAGAGGACCAGGCUUCAGUACCGAGAGGUCAGGGACGGAGUCUGAGGGAAGCUUUCCCUGAGGUCCAGACUUGAGCUCGGGGCGAGCAUUUGAGGCCGGAAGCGCCCCCGAGGGUCGCCUAGGAGGGCAGCUGCUUGUUGAGUCCAGAACUUUCUGGGAGCUCUAGCCAUCGUGGGUGUUGUGGGAAGUGAAGGAGAGUGCUCACUCGGAUGCACAGCCUGGGAUCUCCUGCUUGCUCGGGCUCCCGAGUCUGCCGCUAUUCAAACGAGGGCCUGGAGAAGAGUGCCAACAUUAUUGCUACACAUCUAAGAUUCGAGAAUCGUUGCCUAGACCAACUGUCAUCAGAGAGGCUUCACCCAGCAAUGGAUGAAGACAGAUGCAGAGACCCACAGACAAACAUUGGGCAUACCUUGGCAAAUCCUGUGGAAGAGGUGGAAGAAGGAUUGUGGGAGCCAGAGGGACCAAGGGCACCAUGGGAAAACACGCAUAGUCAAUUGUUCUGGUCUCAUGGGGCUCACAGACACUGAACCACUAACCAGAAAACUUGCAUGGCUAACCUGGGCCUUCUGCAGUUGUGUGGCUUGGUCUUCUUGUGGGACUCCUGGCAGAGGGAGCAGAGGCUGUCUCUGACUCUGUUGCCUGCUCUUGGGACCCUUUCUUCCUGCUGGGUUGCCUCAUCUAGCCUUAAUAGGAGAGGCGGUGCCUAGUCUUGCUGGGAGGAUCCUGAAGAAGGAUGGCCAGCUCUAGUUCUCAAGACAUGGUCUGUGGGUCAGUGACAUUCAGGGAUGUGGCUGUUGACUUCUCUCAGGAGGAGUGGGCCUGCCUUGAUGCUACUCAGAGGGUCUUAUACAGGGACUUGAUGUUGGAGACCUACAGCAACCUCGUCACAGUGGCGGGAAGUUCCGUUUCCAAACCCAAUCUGAUCGCCUUAUUAGAGCAGGAGAGAGAGCCCUGGAUGGUUGUGAAGGAAGAAACAGACAGGCCCAGCCCAGGUUUGGAGUCAAAUUAUGAAGCUCAAAAAUUAUCGCCAGACAAUCAUAAUAUAAAUUUACCCAAAGAGAGCAAAAAGCAUGUAAGUAAAACUUUUGACCUCCAGGGCUCCAGUUUUAGUAAUGGCCCCAACUAUAGAACAUUCAAGAGUUGUCAAGAAGGAAAUGAUGAUCAAAAGAUUACCAAGAAGGAAAAAAUACCUACUUUUGCCAGCCAAACUAUUACUCACAAUAUAGAAAAAGCAUGUGAAUGUAAAGAGUGUGGGAAGUACUUUGAUUGUAGUUCAACUCUUUUUCAGCAUCAGACUAUUCAUAUUGGAGAGAAAGCCUAUGAAUGCAAGGAUUGUGGGAAGGCCUUCAGACUCCAACAACAGCUUACAAGGCAUCAAAAAUCUCACAGUGGUGAGAGACCUUAUGAAUGUGAUGAAUGUGGAAAGGCAUUUCAUCUCCCCAACCUGCUUAAGUACCAUAAAACCAUUCAUACAGGUAUAAAACCAUUUGAAUGUGAGGAAUGUGGGAAGUCCUUCAAGCGUGUCUUCCACCUUGUUGAACAUAGGAGUGUUCAUGCUGGUGUGAAACCAUAUGAAUGUAAUGAGUGUGGAAAAGCCUUUAAACGUCGCUCAUAUGUUACACAGCAUCAGAAAAUUCAUUCUGGUGAGAGACCCUUUCAGUGUAAGGAAUGUGGAAAAGCCUUCACUUUUCUGGCACAGCUCACUCGGCACCAGAAUAUUCAUAGUGGAGAGAGAUCAUUUGAAUGUAAGGAGUGUGGGAAGAUAUUCAGUUUUGGUUCAUUCCUUUUGCGGCACCAGAGUAUUCAUACUGGUGAGAAACCCUUUGAGUGUAAAGUAUGUGGAAAGACUUUUAGGCUUCAGUCAUACCUUUCUGAGCAUAAGAAAACUCACACUGAUGAGAAACCUUUCAAGUGCAAGCUGUGUGGGUCAGCCUUCCGACGUAAGGACCAACUUAGUGAGCAUCAGAGAACUCAUACCAAUGUGAAACCCUAUCAGUGCAAGGAAUGUGGGAAAUCCUUUCGUCGGCGUUCAGGUUUUACUGAUCAUCAGAGUAUUCACACUGGAAAGAAACCCUUUGGUUGUAAGCAAUGUGGAAAAGUCUUUAGACUUAAUAUACACCUCAUACGACAUCAGAAAUUUCAUAGUGGCGAGAGACCUUUUGAAUGCAAAGAAUGUGGAAAGGCAUUUCAUCUUUCCAGCCAGCUUAAUUACCAUAAAAGCAUUCAUACAAAUCAAAAACCAUUUGCUUGCAAGGAGUGUGGGAAGUCCUUCAAGCAUGUCUCCAGUCUUGUUGGUCAUAGAAUUAUUCAUGCUGGUGUGAAACCAUAUGAAUGUAUUGAGUGUGGGAAAGCCUUUAAUCAUCGCUCAAACCUCAAGCAACAUCAGAAAAUUCAUUCUGGUGAAAGACCCUUUCAGUGCAAGGAAUGUGGAAAGGCCUUUAUUGUUCUGGCACAGCUCACUCAGCACCAGAGCAUUCAUACUGGAAAGAAAUCAUUUGAAUGUGAACAGUGUGGGUCAGCCUUCAGACUUAAGUCCCUACUCAAUCAACAUCAGAAAAUUCAUACUGAUGUGAAACCAUAUCAGUGCAAGGAAUGUGGAAAGGGUUUUGUUCGUGGUACAUUCCUUAAAAUUCACCAGAGAAUCCAUACUGGUGAGAAGCCCUUUCAAUGUAAGGAAUGUGGAGAAGGCUUUCAAUAUCAUUAUCAAUUUCUUGGACAUUUUAGAAUUCAUACUGGCAAGAAUCCUUAUGAAUGUAAAGAAUGUGGGAAGUGCUUUACUUGUGGUAGAGACCUUAAAGUACAUCAAAGAACUCACACUGAUGAGAAACUUUACCAAUGUUAAGAAUGUGGGAAGACCUUUAGUCAAAAAUCAAACUUGGUCGGACACACUAAAAUUCAUAUUGGAAAGAAGUCUUAUGGAAAUAAGGAAUGUGGAAAUUCCUUUAGCAAUAAUGCUCAGCUAGCUGUGUAUCAGAAUUUGUAUUGGUGAGAAACUGUAUUGAAUGUAAGAAAUGUGGGAAAAUGUUUAGAUUUAGUUCAGCCUUUACUGAAUAACAGAAUUCAUACUGAUGUGACACCCUAUCAAUGUAAAGAAUGAGAAAAUACCUUCAAUUGGAACUCAGGCCUUCAAAAUAAAGGAAUCCAUGCUUAGGUGAAACCCUAUGAAUGCAAAGAAUGAGGGAACACUUUUAGAAUUGGCCAAGCUCUUAAAGCUCUUCACAGAGUCCAUAAAAGUCUGAAACCCUAUGAAUGUAAAACAUAUGGGAAAGCAUUUAUUGUAAAUGGUGAGCUUAUACAACAUCAGAAAAUCCAUGAUCAUCAGGAGUCCUGUGCAUGUUAGGCAAGUGGAUAAGCCUUUGUAUGAAAAUUUUAGUGACCAUCAGGGAACUCAUUUUGGCAAGAUUGUGACUGAAAAGAAUUUGGGAAAAACUUUAAUCUGCUCUAGUAUCUAGUAUUUGGUCACCAUCAGAGUAUUCAUAUACUCUUCAUGCCAAGAACCCCUUUGGUUUCUGUUGCUGCAAUGAAACCCCAAGACCAAAAAGCAAGUUUGGAAGGAAAGGGUUUAUUUGACUUACACUUCCAUAUUGCUGUUUGUCGCUCAAGAAGUCAUGACAGGAACUAAACAGGUCAGGAUCCUGGAGGCAGGAGCUGAUGCAGAGGCCAUGGAGGCUCCUUACUGGCUUGCUUCCCAUGGCUUGCUCAGCCUGCUUUCUAAUAUAACCCCCAAACACCAGCCCAGAGGUGGUACCACCUACCAUGGGCUAGACCCUGUACCAGGCUUUUUCUUUUGGGCCAUCAACCAGCUCCCAAAUUAUGACACUGAGACUUAUUAGUAUUGAAUUCUCACCCUUAGCUUAGAACUCUUUUGCUAGCUCUUAUACCCUAACCUGUUUGUCUUCAUCUGUGUUUUGCCUUGGGGCUUUUUACCUUUUUUACUUUCUUCAUAUCCUGCUGUCUCUGUUUGACUGGCUGGAGGCCACCUGGCUUCUUACCCCAUUCUCCCCCUCAUUCUCUCCUCUCUUCUUCCUCUUGUUCCUCUCUUCUCUAGAGCCUAGAUUUCUCCUCCUAUUUAAUCUCUCUGCAUGCCAGCCCCAUCUGUCCCUCUCCUGCCUAGCUAUUGGCUGUUCAGCUUUUUAUUAGACCAGUUAGGUUCCUUAGGCAAGGUGAAACAGAUGCAACACAUCUGUAUAUAACACACAUCCUUACAUUGUUAAAUAAAUGCAGCACAAACAACUGUAACACACCUUUACACAGUUAAAGUAAUAAUCCCCAGUUUAAAAAUGUAACACAUCUUUACCUAGUUAAAAUAAUAUUCCACAACAGGGCCCUCCUCAUUAAUCACUAAUUGAGAGAAUGCCUUCCAGCUGGAUCUCAUGGAGGCAUUUCCUCAAAUAAGGCUACUUCCUCUCCGAUAACUCCAGCUUGUCUCAAGUUGACACACAAAAGCAGCCAUUACAUCCUUUGGGAAUGAGAAUGUGAGAAGUCUAUUAUUCAUAGGCGAUACUCUGUUGGCAGUGUCUAUGAAUGUCAGAAAUAAUUGGGUAGCCAUCAUGUUCUUCAUUUACUCUCAUCCUGUUGAUUCUAUAAACAUAAUUCCUCAAACAUUACUCACUCAGUACAGUCAACUUAGAACAAGAAACCUUCCAUUUUACUAUUUUUUUUAUCACAUGGAUCCUGUGACAUUAGACUGUUUGUUUACUUUCUUUUUGGAUAAUUCAUUAAUCACCAGCACAAUACAAGCCAAAGCUGUGGGCACAGAGUUGUAAUAGAUAAUAAAAUUCUUGAGAAAGUA